AUGCGCAUCAACGCUCUCUUCUCGGCCCUGUGCGCCGCAGCUCUUGUCCAGGCCGGCUUCCGCACCGCGCAGAUCUACAUCCAGCCCGUCGAAACCCCCGAGACGCCCAGCCUCCUCGCCGAGGUCGCCUUCGAUGCCAGCAACGGCGCAGCGUCGUCCAUCAUCUCCUACGAGGCUCCUGAGCUUCCCGAGUCUGCACAGCUGGUCCGCGUGGGCCUGUACGACACAAAGUCGGCGCGGUGGAUUUCCGGCACAACCGUGGCCUCGGUGGACAACUUUGACAAGGGAUACUCGCCCAACCUGGUCCUGUCGGUCGAUGCGCAUGGCGAGCUCCUGAGCGCUGCUCUCAAGGGCGUGAGGAUCGACGCGGGUCAGACGAGGGACUUUGGGCCGCAGAUUGUGGUGCUGCCGGCGCUCAAGGGCAAGCAGCCUGAGCUGAACAAGCCGGUUGUGCUGUCACCGGAGGGGAAGAAGGUGGAGGAGGAGGAGAAGACGAUUCUUCAAAAGUACUGGUGGUUGAUUGGUAUUGUAGUCUUCCUGGCAAUGAGCGGAGGGGGCAGCGAGAAAUAG